CUGAGAUUCGCAGGCGGAUAGAUUGCGAUGCAAAAGAAGAUGAGAAACGAUGAACUGGUUUCUUCGUGAUGAUGAUGAUGAUGAUGAGAUUGAAGGGGGAGAAUCAGUGAAGAUUGAUGGAGAUGACCGGUUUCGGCCGUGCGCCGAUCCAGCUAGCGUCUUGGCGAGAACGACCGGGAAGGUCUUUCCGAGCCGUCAUCAUUCGACGACGUACAUAUGAACAUCAGCAUACGCAACAUCACAGUACUCGCUUUUUCCCCACAGUCCCUCGCCUUGGAUAUACUUACUGCACCUACAUCCUCUGCACCCUUUCGACAGUCCAUCAUGAACUGCCCUUCACGCACCGACGAGGAUAUCCUCCUGAAUCCUGGCUGGAACCAGAAUCCGCCGCGUUUUGCCGCCGAUCUCACCACCCGCCAGGAUUUCAAUGGCAUAGCGAAUGCCAGAGAACUGGGUGACUCCGAAAAAUGGGGUCAAAUGACCCAUCUCAGCAUGGCAAACUGUCAACUCUCUCAAGGUUUGCGCGGCCAACCCGACUCGCUGGAAAGGACCAGCUUGGGUGCCAAGGAUCCUCUUAGAGGAUCCUGCACCCGUAUGAAUCACAAUGAUUUUCCAUUUGAUCCAUCUCAAGCUGGACUAUCUCCCCGAGACUUGUCUCACAACAACAGCAACAACAACACCACCAUAAAGGCGUGGAUUAACUGGAUUUCGUCCGUGCUAUGUACUUCAUUGAUGAUUUCCUUGGUUCAAUACACCCGUUUCAUCCCUUCCCUGGCUCACAUUGCAUCCGAGCGCUGGCCUGCCAAAGCUUCCCGCGUUUCCCCCGAUGGUUCUCCAAGUCGCGUAAAAAGAGACAAUUGCGCGACUGGUGGUGUGGGUGCCAAUUAUGACCUCAACCUUCAUGUUGGAGCGCUAUUCAUAAUUCUCUUCGUUUCGUCAACCGGUUGCGCGUUUCCAAUGCUGGUCAUCAAAUUCCCUCAACUUCGCAUCCCAGCCUCGUUCUUAUUUUCAGCCAGACAUUUCGGAACUGGCGUGCUCAUCGCCACUGCGUUUGUCCAUCUUCUUCCGACCGCUUUUAUUUCGCUCGGCAAUCCGUGUCUUUCAAGUUUCUGGACAACUGAUUAUCCUUCGAUGCCUGGCGCAAUCGCCCUAGCGGCCGUUUUCUUUGUUACCCUUGUUGAAAUGAUUUUCUCGCCCGGGCGCCACUGCGCAGGAGGGCACGCCGACAUGGCCGCUGUGGCUCGACAUGAUUCUCACGGACCUGCGGAAACCGAGCACCAAGCUCGUCCGAAUUUUCCCAGAGAGACUGUCGAGGUACGCAAUAUUGGUCGUCCUCUCCAGGGCAGGACUACCAGUAUCAGUCGCACACUCUCGCGAAUGGGCGAGGAAAACGAAAUUCUAGAAGCCGCUGAAACGCAGAACAGAACAGACACACAAGCCCCGAGAAAACUCGACGAAUGCGCCGGCGAGGAUUCCGAAAGGAAUCAAUCCAUCUUGACCGUGUCGGCAGAGCAAGCGCAUAAGAAGGCCGUGAUGCAGUGUUUUCUCCUGGAAAUGGGGAUCCUGUUUCACAGCAUUUUCAUCGGAAUGUCACUGAGCGUGUCGGUUGGCAGCGAGUUUGUUAUCCUCCUCAUCGCCAUCAUCUUCCACCAAACAUUUGAAGGUCUUGCACUUGGUGCUCGGAUCGGAGCUAUCCAAUGGCCCAAAGGCGCUCUUCAGCCUUGGCUGAUGGCCGUCGCGUACGGGUGCACCACCCCCCUCGGCCAAGCCAUCGGUAUCGCAACCCAUACUUUGUACAGCCCUGACUCGGAGAUUGGUCUUCUCAUAGUUGGCAUCAUGAACGCGAUUUCUGCUGGUCUCCUUAUCUUCGCAUCCUUGGUCGAACUCAUGUCUGAAGACUUUCUUAGCGAUGAAAGUUGGGUUAUCUUGAGGGGCCGGAAGCGCAUCUAUGCCUGCAUCUUGGUGUUUCUCGGUGCUUUUUUGAUGAGCUUGGUGGGGGCUUGGGCAUAG